UCCAAGUUCCACGGCCACGACCGCAAGAAGCUCGCCGACCUCGCGGACACCGACCCCGUCGACCCCGUCGCGCGCUGGCGGGCCACGAAGAGCAGCAUCGCCCGCGCCGCCGCCGACGCGCGCGACGCAAGGCUGAAGGCCCACCCUCUAGCCCCCAAGUCGGGGCACGCCGCCACAUCGAAGGAUGCGACCUCCAUAGUGAUGCGCGGCGUCGCUAAGGCGGUCCGGCGCCAGGACCCCGUUCCAGGGCGGCGCCUGAUUCAGGAUGCCACGCUCGAUCAAACGCGCGCUCAGAUUGCGAGCGCCCCCCCGGGCACCCCCAGCCGCGCGAUGGUCGAGCGGAAGAAUGCCGACGUCUUCGCCACCUCGGCGACCGCUGCUCGCGCCGCGGUCACUGACGGGCUCACUGAGCCCUCCGCGUUCGAGACCCACACGGCCAACGCCGCGGAGGUUAACAACGACCUCGGUCAA